GUGGCGUCAGUCUGCAACGGCUGAUAUGGAGAUUUCUGAGGCUCGUCUGGAGUUCAUCAGCUCGACUCUCACAGAACAGACGGAUCCAGAUGAUUGGCAUGAGAAGAAGAACACAGAGAAGCUGCUCACUGAUCAAGUGUCUGUGGACUGUAUGGACAUAACAAAGGGUCGUCUGGAUGAUAUUUCUCGGCCGGCCUCCGGUUCUGAGAUCAGAAGAAGGAGUGGAGAGCGUCCCGGAUCUCUGGAGCUGCUCAGCCCGGACCUCACGCACACACAGGUUCAGGGCAGCACACAUGAUCUUACAGCAGAAAACAGCUCUGAUCAAGAAGACUCCGAUGAAGAAAAUGAAGAUCCAGAGUUGGGAAAAGCCAUAAGGAAGAUGAAGAGACUGGACCGGAUUCUGGCUCUCAAGGCGACGGCGGAGAGAGAGGUGAAACAGAAAGGCAUGGAGCAGCACCAGAGACUCUGGCAGGAGCUUCAGGCUGUGAGUCUCAGGAUGAGCAGCAAUGAGAUGGAAAACACCAGACGCUUCCUGGCACUGACACCCGACAACUCUCAGGACUGUGAAGAAGUGGAUUUCAUCUCUGUGUUUGAGACUGAAGUUCUAGAUCUGAAGUACGACACGAACAUGAGACAGGAGAUGGACGAGCACACGCAGGUUGAGUGUGUCGCUCAUGCUGAAGUGGGUCAGCAGGUGAUGGAGGAUCAGACUGCAGACGGCAGACGGUGCGGAGCUGCUCGCAGCAAGCGCAGACAAGACUUCGUCAAGAAAAAUAUUGAGCUUGUAGGAGCGUCAGGGAACCCGGUUCUGCUCACACAGCAGGAGAGAGAGAGAAUAGAGGAACUACUGAAAGAUCUAGAGGAAGAACAGAGCGAUAGUGACCUACUGGCUGAACCUCAGGCGGUCUCGUCGUCUCUAUCAGCCGAUGAAGGUUUCAGUCCUGAACCUUCUGAACUCCACAGUCUCCUUCACAUCGACUCCAGACUGCAACUGCUACUUCCUGUGCAGGACUUCCUGUCUGUGCGGAGCCGCUGUUCUGAACACUGUCCAUCUCAGGGGAGUCUGGAGGAGAACACCGGAGACCGAGUCCUGUGGGACAUGAGACAGAGACGAGAAGAAGAGAGACGCCUGCGAGAAAUCCAGCAGGAGCUGCAGCUUCUGGAGGAGACUCAGCAGAACAGUUCGUUUCGUUUGUCUGACGAUCAGCUGAGGAAUCUGCUGCUGGAUUGUGAAGAUGAAAUCAUGCGAUCUCCUGCAGGUUCUUCAUCAGAAACAUCUCUCGGGAUGAUCUCGGCUCUGGUCGCGUCUCCGUGUCUCUCCAGCUCGGAUCUGACGGAGGGAACUGAACAUUGGAAUAAGGCAUGAAAUAUGAAGAAGAAUGUUCUUCUGUUUUAUGUUUUGCACUGCUUCAUAAUCAUGCUUAUAUAGUUGCACAAUAAGGACAUGAAAGUGUGUUUGUCAUUGUGUCUCUGAUCUGUUUGCCAGCGUCAGAAUCACAAUCAGACGAAGAACAGCUAAACUAGAACGUAAGAGAACAAAAUAAAAUGUUCCUUUUCAAAAAUCAAA